GUCAACAGUAAAAACCACCACCUGUGUCCAUACAACGGCAAUUACUUCCAAAAUCAAGAUACUAUUGCCAGCUCCACCACCGCCCCCGCCACCAUCACCGUCGCGACAAGCUCCCAUCUCUCAAAAUUCUGCCUAUAUUUCCUUCAAUUUCUGAAGACUAUUGUUUAUUCCUCACUCUCUACGAUGGUGAAAUCGAAUGGUGAUAAUCCGAUCCGGAAGGUUCUCGGAUUGGGGUAUUGGGUUCAGGGUUUCCGGUGCUUUCCAUGGAUGGCGGUUAACUUCUUCCUCAAGGACGGUCUCAAUGUCGACCCUUCUACUCUCCAGCUUCUUCAGAACUCCGCCAAUCUUCCCAUGGUCGCCAAGCCUCUCUACGGGAUUCUCUCUGACGCCGUUUAUAUCUCCGGCCAACAUCGCAUCCCUUACAUCGCUAUUGGAGCUUUCUUACAGGCAGUGUCAUGGAUACCCAUAGCAAUCAUGUCACCAUCAAGUAUUUCGGUUUUAACCAUUAGCAUAUAUCUUCUCCUCAGCAACCUCGGUGCUUCAGUAGCCGAGGUUGCUAACGACGCCAUUGUUGCAGAAGCAGGAAAGCACUCCAUUUCUUCCAAGAAUUCUGGAAAAUCCUCCUCAGGUGAGCUCCAGGCAUUUGUUUGGGUAGCAUCCUCUGCUGGUGGGAUUCUUGGAAAUCUUCUGGGAGGCAUCACUAUCGAUCGGUUCUCGCCUCAAGCAAUGUUCCUGUUCUUUGGCAUUCUCCUUUCGCUUCAAUUUUUCUUAACCAUCAUCGUUCAUGAACGCUCUCUUAAUCUCCCUCGGAGCUCAACCAAUGCUGGUGUCAAAAAACAGCUCUCCGAACUCUUAACCGUGCUGAAAACACCUGAAAUUGCGUACUCCUUAACAUGGUUUGCUGCAUCUUACAGCAUAAUCCCUGCACUGACUGGCACCAUGUUCUUUUAUCAAACAGAGCAUUUGAAAAUUGAGUCAUCUGUUUUGGGUAUCUCUAAGGUUCUUGGCCAAGCAGCCCUGCUGUUGUGGGGCGUAAUCUACAAUCGUCACCUGAAGUCGGUCCCAUCUAGGAAACUUAUUUCAAGUAUCCAGGUUUCAAUGGCAGUGUUUAUGAUCUCGGACAUGUUGUUCGUGAAAGGAUUCUAUCGAGAUAUGGGCGUUCCAGACUUUGUAUAUGUCGUUUUAUUCUCUGGACUUUCAGAGGUUCUGUUAUUCUUCAAAAUCUUGCCAUUCAGUGUUCUGAUACCGCAGCUUUGCCCACCAGGAUGCGAGGGCUCUCUCAUGGCGUUCGUAAUGUCAGCCAUUGCCCUCGCAUUCAUAGUGAGUGGAUGUCUCGGUGUAGCGCUUGCAUCUUAUGUUGGGGUCACAGCAAGUAAUUUUUCUGGCCUUCCUCAUGGUCUUAUAAUACAGGCUAUCUGCACUCUUCUGCCAUUGUCUUGUUCAUGGUGCAUCCCUGAUGACGUCAAAGCCAAAGACAAAGGCAAUGCCAACGCCAAAGAUAGAAGAAAAGACUCCAAAAAGCAGCAGUAGAACAAUGGAAGACUGGUUAGUAUGGUCAGUGAAUUCAAAUACAAAUAUUUAUAUCCCAUUUGAUAACAAUUUUGUUCUCGUUCUUUCCUUUCGUAUCA